AUGGUGCUCUACAAGAGGAAACCGGUGCCUUUCCCACCACCAAAACCGUUACCAGAAAAUCUAAAUGUCAAAUGUUGGUAUAUUCCAUACACGAGAGAAUGGUUCUUGACUUAUGAUGAUUAUUUACAAAGAUUAGAUUAUUAUAACACUAGGAAAUUUGUUUGUGAAAUCACUGGUAAUUCAUGUCUAACUUUUUUUGAAGCUUAUGAAUCAGAACAAAAAGAAAUGAAGAUUGUAGAGAAGAAUUUCCCUGAACAUCUGAAAGAACCAAUAUUGAGACAUUUACAAUUCAGCACAGUUCCAAGAAUUGAUCAAUUGGUUGAUGACGUUUAUACCACAUUCAAAAAUGAUUAUUACCCAGGUGAAACUGUUAUGAUCAGACUGAAUGAUUACAAGAAUGAUUUCAAAACUAGAUGUAUCAUUAGAGAAAAGGCUAAAUUCAAUGCCGUUGUGGAUGCUAAUAAUAAUCACCGUCCUGCAUAUUGUCAAUAUAGAGUUUCAAGAGUUGAUAAUGGAUUAGAAGUUGUGGUUGAUGAAUCACAAAUCACAAGAGAUAGAAAUAAUUUUACUAAAUGGUUUGUCAAGACUUUUAUUAAAUUAUCAGUUUCAAGAUCUCCAAAAAUUGGUGCACCAUGGAUUGUUAAAUCUAAAUAUGCUUCAAAAUUUAGAAUCCCAACUGAAUUACCCCCUGAAUUGGCUCAAUUUAAAGAAAAACCACCAACUCCUAAAAGGAAACCACCUCAAACCAUUCGUCCAAAGGGUGAAAAUAAUGCUAAACCUGCUACUGGUGAUAAAAAAUCAACUCCAGUACAACCGGGAUCAAAACUACGUAACAUAGCUCCAGCUCCAACAAAUAAACCUGGAAGACAAGCUAAUUUCAAAGUUAAAGAAGCAACACCACCACCUAAAAGAACUAUAGAAGAAGAUUUAUCACAACCUGUUGAAUCAUUAACAACAAGACCAAAACCACAAAAAAUAACCAUUAUUGAUGAUGUUAUACAAGAAGCUUUAGAAAGUUGGACUUUCUUAAAUGUUUAUAGAUCACCAUUGAUGUUGGAUACUUUUACAUUUGAUGAUUUCAUAACUGCAAUGAAAUGGAAUAAUAAGAAUAAACAAUGUACAUUAUUAAAUGAAAUAUUUUGUGCUGUUUUAUCAGCUUUCAUAACUGAAAAAAGUACAGAUUUAACAAUUACAUUACCUGAAGAUUUUGAUAUUGAAGAUAUUGAAAUUGAAGAAAAUGAUGAAUCAAAAAUUAAAAUUAAAGGUGAAUCUGAAGAAUUAAAACAAAAUGGUGAUGCAUCUCAUAUUGAAUCUGAAAAUGGUGAUUCAAAAGAUACAAAUGAUGUCAAGGAAGAAGUUAAAGAUGAAAAAGAUAACCAAGAAGAAGUAAAAGAAGAAACACAAGAAGACCAAGAAGAAGAAGAAGAAUCUGUAGAGGAAGAAAAUCAUGAUGUUGAGAAAUAUUUAGAAUAUAGAGGUAUUUCAUGGCAAGAACGUUUACAAAAACGUAAUUUUAAAGAUGGAAAUUGGCAAAUAAUUUUAUUAGGUGUUUUAGAUCUUGUAAGAGAUAUUAAAGAUUAUAAAUCAAUUAUAAAUGAAAUUUUUGGAAUUUUAGCACCAUUAAAUUCUACAGUUUCACCAAAUGCAAUUUUAUCAAAUUUUACAUUUAAUUUAUCAAUCAAUUUAAGAAUUAAAGCUUUAAAUAUCUUAUGUUCAUUACUUGUUAAUUCACCAAUAAUAAGGCAAUUUUUGGAUAAAUGUAUGAGUGAUUCAACUGAAUUAAGAAGAGAAAGAUUAGAAUUACUUAGAGAAUAUAAAAGUGCAUUUGAAAAAGCACAAAAUACUGAUAAAGAACUAAGAGAAUUAGUUGGUGCAGGAAAUACAAAUACAACAGGUAAUAAUGGUGUUGGUAAUGGAGGUAAUACACCAGUUGCCAAAGAUUCAGAACAAAAUAAUACACAACCAUCAGAAUCAACAGAAACAAAUCCAAAAAAGAGAAGAAGAAGAACUGGUAUAAGUAAAGAACCAACAGAAGAAGAAUUAUCAAUUGCUAAAACUAAUCCAAAAUAUGCAACUUUAUUAGCUUCAAGAACUGCACAAUUAAAAAUAUCUGAAGAUUUAAGAAGUCAAAGAAAAAAUUUAGAGAAAAAAAUUAUUGAAUUAGAUGUUCAAAGAAUUAGAUAUUUAGGUAAAGAUAGAUUAUUUAAUCGUUAUUGGUGGUUUGAAAAUAAUGGAUUACCAAAUCUUGGAAAUGGUAAAAGUAGUGGUGGAUCAGGUGAUGAAGAAAAUAAUGAAGUUGAACAAGAUGAUGAUGAAGAUGAUGAAGAAGAUGAAGAUGAUGAAUUUUUAAGUGAGACUUAUCUUAUGGGUAGAUUAUGGGUUCAAGGUCCAACUGAUGAAGAUGGAUUGAUGAAAUUUGGUUUAACAAAAGAAAAAAUUCAAGAAUGGAAUGAUUUAUUUAAUCCAAAACCUGAAGAAGAAAAGGAUGAUGAGGAUGAAGAUGAAGAUGAUGACGAAGAUAACAAAGAUGAUAAGAAAACUGAAGCCAAAGAAAAUGGUGAAACAAAAGAAGAAACAAAAGAUCAAGAUGAAACACAAGAUGAAAUUACUGAAGAAUCUUCAUCAACAAAUUCAUUACCAAUAAAUUUCAUUGAAUCAACAGAAAAAUUGUUUCAAAUAAAAUUUGAAUCAUCAAAUAAAAACAUUAAAUCAAUUAAAGAUAAUCGUACAUUGGUUGAUGAAUAUGGAGCAAUUACAAGAAAUUUAUCAUCAAUUGAAAGAAAAUUAAUUGAAGAAAAUCCAGAUCCAUUAUUAACAACAAGACAUUGGAGAUAUUAUGAUACUAUUGAUGAUGUUGAAAAAUUAAUUAAAUGGUUAAAUCCAUGGGGUGAUCGUGAAGUUAAAUUAUUAAAAGAAUUAAAUUUUGUUAAAGAUCAAAUUAAUUCAAGUAUUAAAUCAAGACGUAAAGCUCUUAAACUAGAUUCAAAAUCACAAGAUGAAGAACAAUUAGUCAAGACAAUUGAAGAAAUUGUUAUAUCAGAAACUGAAGAUGAAUCAUCAUCAGAAUCUGAAAGUGAAGGAGAAGAAGGUGAAACUGGUUCAGAAGCAGAUCCUGAAUUUUUAGGUAUGGCUGAAGAAGAAGAACAACCAAGAACUAGAAGAUCAAUAGCAGCAGCUGAAAAACAAGCAGAAGAACGUCGUCGUAAAGAGGAAGAAAUUAGAAAACGUAUUGAAGAAAGAAAAGCCAAGAGGGAAAGAUCCAAACCAAGUCGUAGAAUUGCUAAAAGAGAAGCUAAAAAGCGUAAAAUAAAAGAACAUCAAGAUAAAAAACAAAGAAAGGAAGAAUUAGAAUUAAAAUUAGAAAAUUUACAAGAAUCUAAUGAAAUUCAACGUUGUUUAGAUUGGGUUAAUCAAAGUGCAAUUGAAUCAUUAGGUCAUACACAUUAUGAAGGACCUGUUAAAGUUGUUCCAAGAUCCAAGAGAUCAAGAAGAUAG